AUGGCGGAGGAGAAAUGGCAACUCAUUAGUCAGGGCGCUGAGGCUAAAGUGUACGAAACAGAUUUUGUUGGCCGUGCCUGCAUUGUCAAAGAGCGCGUCAAGAAGAGCUACCGACUGCCAGUGCUAGACAAGAAACUAUCACACCGUCGUUUGGUGCAAGAAGUUCGAUGUAUCCUGAAAUGCCGUCGUGCUGGCAUCCUAACGCCCGUAAUUUAUAUGGUGGAUGAAGACAAGAGCCGUCUCUACAUGGAAAAAGUGCUUGGUGGUAGUCUGAAGGACUAUUUGCGACGAGCCUACAAGCUUGAUCCAACGUAUGGCGCACAAGCGACUCAAAAAGCGUAUCAUAUUGGUGAAGCUAUUGCAAAGAUGCAUGACGCCGAUAUUGUCCACGGAGACUUGACAACGUCAAAUAUGAUGCUGAGUAGCGAUGAUGCUACAAAUGUAACACUCAUCGACUUCGGGUUAGCUAGCUCCCAGCCACUACCGGAAGAUAAAGCUGUGGAUCUUUAUGUAAUGGAACGUGCGUUUGCAAGCACACACGUCAAUUCGGAGCUUCUGGUUGAAGAGGUCUUGCGUGCAUACCGAGCAAAGUCUCGACGCUCCGACGCGAUCUUUCAAAAACUGUCUCAAGUGCGUCUUCGGGGUCGAAAGCGCACCAUGGUUGGUUAA